GACUUCAGCUUGAUACUUCCCCCUCCCUCUCUCGUUUUUUCUCUCUCUCUUACUUUGUGUGUGAUUUGGGGCUGUUGAAUUGAAGAGAAAGGGGGUGGAUUUGGAUAACCAAGCCCUAAACACUCUUCGUCUUCACCCAACCUGCUGUUCCGCUGUCUCCUUCCCUGAUUUCAGAAAUCUUCUAAAUUAGUCGCUUUAUCCAUAUAUUAACGCCCUUUCUUGUUUUCCCCAUUGUUUUGUCUUUCUUUAUUUUCUCUGCGUCUUUCGUAGGGUUCAGUUUUUGUGUGUGCAGCUAAAAGUAACAAGAAGAAGAAGAAGAAGAUCAAAGCCCACCCCAAUGGGGUCUUCCUCCAAACCAAAAUCUUCCAAAAGGAAAAGCUCCAAACUUUCCUCUGAGGUCUCUCUCUCUCUCUCUCUCUCUCUCUCUCUCUCUCUCUCUCUCUCUCUCUGCAAAUUCUGCAAAACCCACUUAGCCCUUGCCGAUGACCUUGUCUCCCGGGUACUCCUUCUCUUCUUCUUCCUAUACAUUAUAAAAUUAUUCGUCCUUGUGAGGAAAAUUUUCUUCUGACUGCGGUGGGUUUUUUUUUUUCCCUUUUUUGUGUCCGUGCAUUUCUUCUCCUGCUCGCAUCUUUCCCUCUAUGUUUCUUCCCUACUACUAGUCGAUCCCAACGAAAGAGCAGUUCAACAUGCAUUCUAGAUUCCACCCAUUAAGUCUUCUUUCCCGGGAAAUCCAACGCAAUUUCAAAUUUCAUUUCACAAUCCAACCCGUUACAUAUCCAUCAGACUCUCGGUCCGUUUUGUCGGGUUUCGGAUCGUAUAUGGUGGAAGUAUCAAAAUUCAGGUCCUUCUCUGUUGGGGAUUAUCAGCGUGGGAAGGACCUGAAUUUCGACACUUUCACCGUAUACAAUCCGAAACCCAACAAAACGGACCGAAAGCCAGAUGAAUCCCCUAGUACAGACAACGAUGCUUGCACAUAUCAGAACCUCCUCAAAUUCCAAGUGCAUAAACCAACAGACGAGAUUCAGAUAUCACUUGAACAAUCCAGCUUGUCACUAAAUGAUGACUUGGUUAUCAGCGUGCUUCAACGGCAUCGUUCUGAUUGGAAACCGGCUUAUGUUUUCUUCAAUUGGGUUUCUGGAGGAAGAAACGGAAGUGAGUAUUUUCCUGGGUCCGAUGCCUACAAUGAAAUCCUUGACAUUCUUGGCAGAAUGAAUAGGUUUCAAGAAUUAACCCAAGUGUUCGACGAAAUGCGCAAGAGAAAUAUUGUCAAUGAGAGGACGUAUGCAAUUGUGUUGAAUAGAUAUGCAGCGGCUCAUAAAGUGGAAGAAGCGAUAGAAUUCUUCAAUAAGAGGAAAGAGCUUGGUCUCGAGCCCAAUUUGGUUGCCUUCCAGACCCUGUUGAUGUGUCUAUGCCGGUAUAAACACAUUGAGGCAGCCGAGUUUUUGUUCCAUUCUAGGCAAAAUGAGUUCCCCAUCGAGAUCAAGACAAUGAACAUUAUUCUCAAUGGAUGGUGUGUGUUGGGCAGUUUGCGUGAAGCAAAGCGAUUAUGGAAGGAUAUUGUUUCGUCUGGAAAAUGCAAGCCAGAUCGUUUCACGUAUGGGACUUUCAUAAAUUCGUUGACAAAGGCAGGGAAAGCGACCACUGCUCUCAAGCUGUUUCGGGCCAUGUGGGAGAUGGGUUGCGAACCUGAUGUCACAAUUUGCAAUUGCGUCAUCAAUGGGUUAUGUUUCAAGAAAAGGAUUCCUGAAGCGCUUGCGAUUUUUCAGGAAAUGAAUGAGCAAGGUUGCCUUCCGAAUGUUGCUACUUACAAUACACUGAUCAAGCACCUUUGCAAGAUUAGGCGGAUGGAAAAGGUUUACGAGCUUUUGGAUGAGAUGGAACAGAAGGGGGGCAGUUAUUUGCCUAAUGCCAGGACUUAUGGGUUUUUGCUGAAAUCCGCGAAGAAUGCUGAGGAAGUUCCUGUGAUUUUACUGAGGAUGGAGAGAAUCGGAAGUAAGUUAACCAGCGACACCUACAAUUUGCUCUUGAGGUUAUUUAUGGAUUGGGAUCAUCAAGAGAGAGUGAAGUCUCUUUGGGGUGAAAUGGAGAGGGAUGGAUUGGGACCUGACCGACGGUCUUACACAGUUAUGAUUCAUAGGCAUUGUGAUAAGGGAAGGAUAGAGGAAGCAAUGUAUUAUUUCAAUGAGAUGACAUCCAAAGGAAUGGUGCCUGAGCCAAGAACCAAGAUAUUGGUGGAUGCGAUGAACAUCAAGCUGAAGGAGAGAUUAGGUGAACCAAGGGACAUCAGAGUGAUGAAAAGGGACAAGAGGUUGCAAUUACAAUACGAGGCGCGAAGGAAGAAUGGAAAGGAGAGGUAAUGUUAUAUUCACUUUAACCAUUUGAAGGUAAAUUGACUAUAUAGAACCAUAGGUAUAACAUGUUUCGCAUUGGGGGUCUUUAUGGGUGAUCAGAUGGUGAGAUGUAGAGUGCUGGACUUCGAACCCAAGUCGAUAGGCAUGGCUUUCAAGUCCCUAAACCACCAAGAGCAAGAAAUUCACUCGAAAAUGGCCUAUUUAUUGAAUGAUGCGGGUUUUUUGCAAGAACUGUAUUGUAAUGGAAUAUCAACUCAAUGGAAUGGUGUCGACUUUUAGCUAGAA